AUGGCGCCCAGUGACGUGCUCUCCGGCUGGCCUACGCCAAGGGCGGCCCAAGAGGCGGCCGUGAGGGAGCUGGCCCCGCUAUGGUCGGCGUCCGGCACCGGCAAGGCGGAUCGGGCCGCGCAGCUGCGCACGUUCUUUGACCCGAGGUCGGGCCUGGUGGAAGGUCGCAGCAUCAAGCCGGGUCCGACGUUCUUCGACUUCCAGGAAGCCGCAGGGCAGGUGGGCGGUGACCUCACCGAUGCCAUGGGCGCAGGCGCAGCGGCCGCGGCCCCCGCGGUCGGGAACGCGGCACAGGAUGCCGCCUCCAGUGCAGCGGGUGCCGUCAUGAGCGGGGCCCAGGCCAUGGCUCACACAAAGUCCAAGCUGUCCAGGUUCCUUUUCAUCAUGUCGCGCGGCGUCCAGGCAGCGGCUCCUAUGGUGGGCGACGCCGCAUCAGCGCUGGCGGGUUCUGUCGGGGAUGCCGCCAACAGCCUAGGCGCUUAUUUCCCGGAAGUAAGCCGCAUGAUGCUCCACGCGUGCGCAGAUGGCUGUGUAGGUGACAGUGCCAGCGACGGCAACUGCUUCCCUGUGUUUGAGAAGCGGCGCGGGAUAGCCCUCAUGGCCGACGUCAGGAUUGGCGACUGGCUUGCAAGUGCCGGUGGUGGCUUCUCAGAGGUCAUCGCGUUCCUGCAUUUGGAUCCAGGCCCUUCGAUGCAUCAGCUAGCUAGCGAGAGAACCACAGGGGAAAUCUGCAGCGAAAGGGGAAGUGUGUGA